UCUCUCUCUCUCUCUCCAUCUCUCGUAGAGCCAGGGUUAGGUGCGGUGAAGGGAGGCUUCGAAACAUCCUGCCGCUAUACUUUUGCUUUAAAAGGACGAUACAGUGUCGAGUAGUCUGCUUCGAGAGUAACAUCACUUAUUUCCGUUUGCUGGAUUUCUUUGUGGAGUAACCUUAACUUUUAAUAAGGGGAGAGGUAUUUUUCUAGUUUAAAGAGGAGAGAAAGCACAACAACAGGAUAUUAAAUCACUCGGAUAGAACUAACGGACAGUUUCCGUUUUAACCUAAACGAAAGUGAGAGAGAGUGCUGUCACCAAGAUGGCAGAGAGCGGCACAGAACCAGAUCCUUUAUCCUGCUCGAUAUGCUUGGAUGUCCUGAAGAACCCUGUGACUCUUCAUUGUGGCCACAGCUACUGUAUAGAUUGUAUAAAUUGCUGCUGGGAUCUGGAGGAUCAGGGAAGUGUUUACCGCUGUCCUCAGUGUAGACACACUUUCCUCAGCAGACCUGUGCUGAACAAGAACACAGUGCUAGCUGAUUUGGUGGAGAAACUUGGUGGGGCAGAACCCACCUGUCCUGUGAGGGAUGAAGUCAGUCCAGGGGAUGUGGAGUGUGAUGUCUGCACUGUGAGGAAGCUGAAAGCUGUCAAGUCUUGCCUGGUGUGUCUGGCGUCUUACUGUACAACUCACCUGCAGCCCCACUAUGAGUCAGCAGCGUUCAAAAGACACAAGCUUGUGGAAGUUUCAGCCUCCCUACAGGAGAAGAUCUGCUCUAAGCAUGACAAGCUGCUGGAAGUCUAUUGUCGAAGUGAUGAACAAUGCAUUUGCCAACUUUGUGUGAUGGAUGAGCACAAAGGUCAUGACACUGUUUUGGCUGCAGCAGAGAGGGAAAGGAAACAAAAACAAUUUGGAAAGAAAACACAAAGAUACCAGCAGGGAAUACAGGAAAAGGAGAAACAGCUCCGGCAGCUAACACAGAAAAUGAAAGCACUGACGUGUUCUGCAGAUGCAGCGGUCGAUCAAAACGAGAAAGCCUAUGCUGAGAUAGUCCUGAUGGCGGAUAAAAGACGUUGUGCUGUGAAGGAGCAGAUUCAAGUUCAGGAGAAAGCUGCAAUGAGCAAAGCUGAGGCACUUGUGGAUCAGCUGGAGAAGGAUGUCUCUGAGCUGAGGAAGAGAGAGGAUGAACUGAUGCAGCUCUCACUUACUGAGGAUCACGUUCAUUUCCUGCAGAGCUACCAGUCUAUGUGUGACCGUCCAGAACCUGACAUGUCCUCCGAUGUCAACGUCCAGCUACACGCAUCUUUUGAUUUUGUGACAAAGGCCAACUCUGAUUUUAGAGAGAAACUGGAAAGCAUGGUGCAGGCUGUUGGAGAAAUAUCUGUUACAAUUCAAGCUGAUCCUGGUUCAAAAACCAGAACAGUUGUCCGUGAAGGUGCCCUGAAGAAAAUGCUGAAGCAAUAUAAAUACAGAGACCUGACUCUUCGUGAAAUAACCAAUGUGAUCUCCCAGUACAAAGACUUGAAGCCGGUUAUGGAUGCAUAUGUGUUCAAUGAUGGCUCCACAAGAGACCAGAUGAGUUUAGCAGGAACAGUCCCAGUGAGCUACAGAGGCAAUGUCUACAACAUCCCAGUGUGUCUGUGGUUGCUGGACACAUACCCCUACAACCCUCCCAUAUGUUUUGUCGAACCUACCAGUGCCAUGAUGAUCAAAACGGGCAAACACAUUGAUCCCAAUGGCAAGAUCUACCUGCCUUAUCUACAUGAGUGGAAGCACCCUACAUCAGACCUGUAUGGUCUCAUUCAGGUGAUGAUUGUGUCAUUUGGAGAGGAGCCACCUGUGUUUUCUCGCCCCACCUCACAAGCCCCUUUAACAAAUUACUUUGGUGUUUGAAUGCCAGUGUGUUAACAAACAUGAAUUACUUUAUCAGCAGCUCAUAAAGGAGCAUCUUAACUGCACCCACAGACAUUGUUGUGUUCUUAUCCACAAUUGUUUUGGACUUUUGACCCAAGCAUAUUUUCUAAUUUGGAGAACACACAUAGUGCAGACAAAAAUGGUGUAGUAAAUUAGAAAAUAAUCUGUUUAAUUUACUUUACUUUUAUUUUAAAUACUACUGCUUACCUCAAUUGUGAGCAUCAGUUAGGUUGCAAACGAACCCAUCAAUACACAGCACAAUGCAUCGGUUGCAUUUAUUUCAAUUGCAACAAUGCCUACAUGUAUCAUCCCUGUCAAAUAAAUAAAUAAAUAAAUCCUUAUUGAAUCCACCCCACCAAAUUUCAUAUUUGAGUUAGAAGCAAGACAGAACAAAAAAGGAGGGGGUGUUUGUGCCUUUUUAGGGAUAGGUUCCUUUGUAAUAAGUUAUCAUUUGGAGAGUUCUCAUCAUUUGAAUAUGUGUCGUUUAAAAUGGAAAUUAAAUUCUCUCCAUGUAUAUAUAGUUAUAUACAGGCCAUCAAAAUACUCUCCACAGUUCCUUGAUGAUUUUACUGAGAUGCUUUCAAUUAUCUGCACUGAAUUUGACUGUAUAGUAAUUACGGGUAAUUUUAAUGUAAACCUAGAUAAUAUCAGUGACAAAAAUGCCAUAGAACUUCCUGUUAUACUUGACAUGUUUGAUCUGUCACAACAUUUGAAAGAGCUGACCCUUAAUAGAGGACACACUCUAGAUCUAGUUAUUACUAAGGGUGUUAACAUUUCAAAUGUUACUGUGCUUGAUGUUGCUCAGAUCAUUGUGCAUUCUUUGAUCUGUCUAUUCCACUAAAAAUCAACAUUAGAUCUGAACUGUUAAAAAAGCAAAGGUUCAUCCAUACCAGAACACUUUUUAUGGAAGACAUCGACUCUGAAACUGCCCCAUCUUCAAAUCAUGUAAUUAAUGCCAUUCCUCCUGCUGAGGUUAACCUUUUCAUGCAUGAAUUAUGAUAACCUCAGUCAGGAUUUUUUUCCUAAGUGUUUUCAUUCCUC